GCCCCAAGCACCAGCUCCAAGAAUAGCCACAGGCUCUGCUUUGUCUGCACCCAUGAUCUCUGAUCUUUCGAAAUUGAAAUGAUGUACUCAGUGCGGCUACCUUAGUGUUGGCUUGUACGGAGUCGUGGAGCAUUUCGGCUUAAAUACACAUUACGCGAAUGCUGCAAGGGCGACGAUGAAGUCGGUCUUCUCAGACACUAUCGUGUGAUCAGCCGACCUAGAUCCCUUCACGGCACCACGGACCUAUCAAGGCAUUGGGCACCACGGCGAUAACCGAAGCAUGUGUCAUUCAGAGCCUUCAGGGACCGGAAGGCUUCCCGAGCAUGAACCACACACCCACCAUCGACGAUUCGCCCAAAUGGGGACCUGAGAUUCAAAUCGGAUGAUCUGAUGAAGUUUCCAGGAAACUCCUGUUCCACGAUGACUGUAUCAGCUGCUAUGUACCUUUCGAUAGCAUGACGGGUCGUAAGAUGGCUUCUUCAUAAACGAGCAUCGUACUGCCUGGAGUCAAGGGUGCUCUUGGUGACAUCGGCGUCCAUUGGGAGUAGAAGCAGCUCGUCACCAUGGAGAUGUCAGCGGCGCCGGCCAAUCUGAGUUCUCUUCCUGCAACAAAUGCGGUGGCAGGGGCGGCCGGCGGUGUUGUAUCGGUCCUACUGGGUCAGCCUUUUGAUUUGAUCAAGGUGCGGAUGCAAACGGAACAAACGAGCAAUGUGGUUCGAGUGGUCUCAGAUAUCUUCAGAAACGAGGGCCCACUUGCAUUCUACAAAGGCGCGUUGCUACCUUUCUUGGGAGCGGGUGCUGCUGUUAGUAUACAAUUUACGGUAUUUCACAGAGUGAAGCAUGCGCUAGAAAGUCUGAACAGCGCAAACUCGCCUCAAGCGGUGACGAGGCUGUCUUAUCUGGAUUUCUACCUUGCCGGAGGGGCGGCAGGGAUUGCAAACAGCAUAGUAUCCGGUCCCGUGGAGCACAUUCGGAUCCGGCUCCAGAUGCAACGACGGACUGGCAGUGCCAGGCUCUACCACGGGCCUUGGGAUUGUAUCCGGCAAAUAUACGGCACGGCGGGGGUGAAAGGUAUCUUCAGAGGGCAGGGAAUCGCCGUGUUGCGGGAGUUUCAAGCCUACGGCUGCUACUUUGUGACAUUUGAGGCUUGCAUGCAAAUGCUUGCUGAAGCAAGAGGCGACAGACGAGAGAACCUGCCGACCUGGUUGAUCGCGCCUUGCGGUGCCCUGGCUGGUAUCGGGUUUUGGGUUGGAAGCUACCCGCUUGAUGUUGUAAAGACCUUGAUCCAGAACGACGGCUUCGGGCAGAAUCGAGUAUACAAGAAUGCUUGGGCAGCCACCGUGCACACAUGGCGGCAAGGAAAGCUCCCGGCCUUCUUUCGAGGACUGGGUCCUACUUUGUUCAGGACUAUGUUAUCGUCUUCCGGCACGUUUGCCAUGGUCGAGAAUGUCAAGAGGUAUCUUCAAUAGAUCAGUCAUAAACAAUGGAUCUAGACAGGAAUGGGACUUCGUUGCUACUUCGA